CAUGUUCCACUCCAAGUCUCAGUGUCAGUCCGAAUCGGGUCUACUGCUGAUCCUUUUCGUCCUGGCCUUUGUCGGGAUUAGGGGGGACUACGAUUGGUAUGGCGACUAUUCGGGCUCGGAGCUGGACUACAUCUUCGCGGAUGCGAGCUACGAUGCCGUGUGCCCACCGGGUGGCUAUCCUGUUUGUGCCACCAAUGGCUACACUUACCACCCAUUUGCCAGCAAGUGCCGUCUGGACUCGCACAAUCUGAAGCAGCUUUUCGCCGGCAAGAAGGAGCUAACCCGUACUGAUCUGGACUACUGUCAAUCGUAUUCGAUUCCUGCACAGCAAUAUUAUCCGAAGAGCUCGCCAGUUCAGAGCUUUGGUCCGGUUCGGUAUUCCGCAUCUUCUGCAAAGAAUUCCUAUGCAUAUGCCGCCGCCAGUGGUCCUUAUGGCGCCAAGGCUUCGGCCGAGGCUCCGGGUCCAUAUCCUGUGGCCCCUCCCUCUCAUGACGUUUCCUUUUCCUCCGGUCCCGCUGCCUUUAUCUCGCCUUCUGCCAAGUAUCCUUCUAGGCCUGCUAAGUAUCCUUCCUCGCCUGUCAGAUAUCCUUCCCCGCCCUCAUCCUAUCCCGCUUAUUCCAAAAAUGUGCCCGCCUAUGCCGCUGUUAAUAGCUAUACCGACACCACCAGGGCGCCAUCCACUGGAUCGACUGGAUCCGCGUCCACCCUCGCCACUAGGUAUCCUGGGUACCCCACCGCAUAUCCAACAACCACCGAGGCAACAACCUCGCCGGCAACAACCACGGCAGCCACAACCACAGCAGCGACAACCACAGCGGCAAUAACCACGGCAGCCACAACCACAGCAGCUACAACCACAGCGGCAACAGCCACGCCGGCAACAACCACAUUGGCAACAACGACAGCAGCUACAACCACAGCGGCAACAACCACAGCUUCCACAACCACAGCAGCGACAACCACAGCAGCAACAACCACAGCAGCAACAACCACGGCAGCCACAACCACGGCAGCCACAACCACAGCAGCUACAACCACAGCAGCAACAACCACAGCAUCAACAACCACAGCAGCAACAAACACAGCAGCAACAACCACGGUAGCCACAACCACAGCAGCAUCUACUACUCCCUAAACGGAACGGAUAAGGCAGCAAUCGGUACCACCGCAAACAAAAUAAUCCCCUCAAAAUGUCUAGAAACACCACCGGCCAACCACUUGAAGGCAUCACCAAUCGAAAUCAUAAUUUUUACCACAGCAAUAUGUAGAGUGUUUCAUUUAGCCCCAAUAAAGCAAU